AUGUCUUCAUCGACAGCCGCCAAGUCAAUUCUGCGACAUGCGAGCCGUAUGUCCACAGGCUCGCUCCGAGCCUCUGUCUCGAAGACAGGCGUUCCUUCGAUUUCCUCAUCACGGGGUCUCACCACAGCCGUCGAUCCUAAAACGCAUAUUCCCUGUGCCGAAUUCAGUACACCAAAAGUCCGUGAGCUACUUCAAAAGUCAAUCCUCAAGGGACUUCCCGACAAGGAAGUAAAGACUCGAAUCGAACUCGCGGCUGCCUACCGCCUUUUUGAACUCAAAGGCUGGAACGAGAAUAUCUACAACCACUUAACUGCCAAAGUCGAGGAGGAGGAUGGCACUGAAUCCUUCCUCAUCAAUCCAUUUGGUCUCCGGUACGGCGAGAUCACCGCUUCUAGUCUGAUCAAAGUCGGUGCGAACGGCAAGAUCAAGGACUAUGGUGUGACAGGGGAUAUAUUCGGGAUCAAUGAUGCCGGGUUCGUAAUCCACAGUGCCAUUCACCGUGCUCGACCGGAAGUGGCAAGUGUUAUGCAUUGCCACUAUCCUCCCGCGACAGGACUUGCUUGCACCAAGUAUGGACUUUUGGAAUUAGCACAAACGACACAUCAGGCUGGCCCCGUUACCUACCAUGAUUAUCAAGGCAUCGUUACGGACCGAGGGGAGCAGAAAAGUCUCGUUGAGGAUCUUGGCUCGUCCAAUAUUAUGAUUCUCCGAAACCACGGUGUCAUCACAGCUGCAGAAUCGAUCAGCGCCGCUUGGUAUUUGAUGUAUGAAUUGCUGGCUGCUUCUGAGAUUCAGUCCCAUGCGUCAGCCUGUGCGCUUGGAAGCAAAGACAACCUCAUCCAACCUGAAGAGUCAAAGGUUAAGAAAACCUGGAGUGUCACUCGGGAUAAUGGAUUUUCAGGAUCACAGUUUGGAUCGAAAGAAAUGUCGGCCUACAUGAGGCUUCUGGAUCAGAAGGAUCCUUCCUAUCGUCUAUGA